CGUAGGCUGGACCCAGCCGCUCCUGCUGCCCGCGAUGCCGAGGCCGGAUCCGGGACCCUGGGCACUCCGGUCGGUUCUCGGCGUGUAAGGCGCAGAGGGAGCCCAUGGCGGAGGCCUGUGAGGCGGAAGGCGGCAGCCUGGCGGCGGAGGAGGAGGAUGAGGAGCGGGAGCCGCUCCUGCCGCGGGUCGCCUGGGCCCAGCCGCGGAAAGGCGCCCCGGGCAGCGCCGUGCGGCUGCUGGAGGCUGCGGGGGACGCGGGGGACGCGGGCGAGGCCGGCGACGGAGAAGAGCUGCUGCUUCCCGGGGACUCGGCCGGCUGCGCCUCCCGGGACGUGGGGGUCCCGCGGACGUCACCCACCGACCUGGACCGGAGCCGCCUCUCGGGUGCAGCAACUACUAAUAUCUCAGAGAUGAAUGCAUUCUUGGAUGAUCCAGAAUUUGCUGAUACUAUAUUGAAAGCAGAGCAAGCAAUAGAACUGGGAAUUUUUCCUGAAAGAAUCUCUCAAGGUUCAAGUGGAAGUUACUUUGUGGCAGAUCCUAAGGGGAAAAUUAUUGGUGUGUUUAAACCCAAAUCGGAAGAGCCAUAUGGUCAGCUGAACCCCAAAUGGACCAAGUAUGUACAUAAGGUCUGCUGCCCUUGCUGCUUUGGCAGAGGCUGCCUGCUUCCUAACCAGGGAUAUCUUUCUGAAGCCGGUGCCUACCUUGUGGAUGAAAAACUUCACCUGGGCAUUGUCCCAAAAACAAAGGUUGUUUGGCUUGUCAGUGAAACAUUUAACUACAGCGCAAUUGAUCGUGCAAAAUCCAGAGGCAAGAAGUAUGCUCUAGAAAAAGUGCCAAAAGUGGGUAGAAAGUUUCAUCGGAUAGGGCUCCCUCCUAAGAUUGGUUCCUUUCAGUUAUUUGUUGAAGGUUACAAGGAGGCUGAAUAUUGGCUUAGGAAAUUUGAAGCUGAUCCUUUGCCUGAGAAUAUUAGAAAACAAUUUCAGUCACAAUUUGAAAGAUUAGUUAUUUUGGAUUACAUCAUCAGAAACACAGACAGGGGAAAUGAUAACUGGUUAAUCAGAUAUGAAAAGGAGAAAUGUGCAAAGAAAACUGACUGUGAGGAAUCAAACUGGACCAAUGAUGAAAAGUCACUUAUUAAAAUAGCUGCAAUUGAUAAUGGUCUAGCAUUUCCUUUUAAACAUCCUGAUGAAUGGAGAGCAUAUCCAUUUCACUGGGCAUGGCUUCCCCAGGCAAAAGUUCCUUUUUCUGAAGAAACAAGAAACUUGGUUCUUCCAUAUAUUUCUGACAUGAACUUUGUACAAGAUUUGUGUGAAGAUCUUUAUGAACUCUUCAAGACUGACAGAGGAUUUGACAAAGCCACUUUUGAAAACCAGAUGUCUGUGAUGAGGGGUCAGAUCUUAAAUCUUACUCAGGCGUUGAAAGAUGGGAAGAGCCCAGUGCAGCUGGUUCAGAUGCCCUGUGUGAUCGUGGAACGCAGCACAGGGGGAAGCCAGGGUCGCAUCGUCCACCUCGGCAGCUCCUUCACCCAGACCGUGCACUGCAGGAAGCCGUUUUUCUCCUCCUGGUAGCAGAUGUAGGAGAAGCAGAAACAAACUGGUACCAUCGUGUUGUUAAAACAUUGCAGUCACGUAAAUCCAUUAUUAAGGUCUCCGGUUGCCAAAACCUCAAAUAAUCAAGCCUCUUAAAAUGUUAUAUUUUGAAUGUAAUCAAAAGUUUACAGCUUUUUUGUCCAAAUAUUACAUUUCUAUUUCAGGGGGAAAGUGAUAUAUCUCCCAUAUUAUAUUUUUGCAGAAAUUGUAUGUCUUAUGUGUUAUUAAGAUAAUUUCAUGGUUUACAAACGCUGGAGUAUGGGAUUCCAGGUGGAAAAAUAUGUUUGUUGGCCUUAAGUUGAGUGACUUUUUACAUCCUUUUUAUACACUGAGCAGACUGCACACUCUUAUUUACAAAAGGCCUUGGAGGGGCCUGCGUUUGCCCCACUAGUAGGAACCCUAGAGUAGCUAGUUCAGAACAACACAAGGACAUAACAAUAUUGCCUUAAUUUUUAAAGCUGCUAUUUUAGAACUUGCAAGAGAGUCCUAAGUGACCAUUAUUAGGGACCAAAAUCUUAUAUCUUGGUUAAGCAACUAGUGAAUUUUUUUUAGCUUUACAGUGUUUUUAGUGAAUUUUACUCUAAUGAGGGGAGAAAAUCUGAAGAUUCUGUCCCUUUAAAAAAGUUGAAUUGCUCUAGUGAGAUUUGAGGGAAAUAAUAUCAAAUUAAGGUAGAUCCCUAAUACUUUGAAAUUUCUAAAAUAUCUUUAGAAAUUCUCUAGUUUUUGUCAUGGGAUCAAGUAGUUGAUCAGUUAGAACUUCAGAGUACUGAAUCUGUUCAGUUUAAUAUUUCAGUUAGUAUUAGACCUCACUGAAACAUAAAAUCUAUUCAACAGUAUAUAUCACACUAUAUUUUAGGACCCUAAGUUAUAAAUUCUUAAAAUAAUGGUAGAAUUUGAACUGAACAGAUUUUUUUUAUCAUUCUAGUCAGUUUCAGAUUAUCAGCCUAAAUGCAAGGGGAACAUGACAGAAAUAACCAGGAAGUGACUUAGGAUUGGUUCUGAGUUAAUGGGCUGCUUAGAGUAUGAGAAUGGCUGACAUUCCUGGCACUCGGAGCCUGCUUGUUCAACAAGGGUCAGGCGCCACUUGGCGAGGGCCUGGUAGCAACUGACAAGGGCCCAGUGCUGCACAGCAAGGGCCUGGUAUCACCUGACAAGGGCCCAGUGCCACUCAGCGAGGGCCUAGUCCAGUCGGCCCGAGAAGCAGGUGCUUCCUUGUCUUUGCAGCCUUGGAGCCAGGAUCAUCCCCUGCCCAAUAGACUACACUGGAUGCCCUGGGGGUUGGGCCUCUUGUGUGCUAAGCUUUUACUCUCUUGUGAUUUUUAUAAUGGAUUAUUUUUGUGUAAAAAGUGUUUGCUGAUGGCUGCAUUAGAAUGAAGACAGGUGUGCAGUCCUGUCUUGCUCUCUCUUGGUCUCUGCAGAGGGCAUGAAUGAGAACACUGCUGCCCUGCGGGGUCCUUGGGGAACCUGCGUUCUCCUACCUCUCCAGUGCUCCCUUAGCUCAACUGGGAGAUAACGGAAACUUAACUGGAAUCCGAAAACUCAGACUAUGGGUACUAUUUUUAAAAUAAAUACUGCUAAUUAAAAUAUGUAGUAGUCAAAAUGUGCCUUUUGAAGAUGUGUUCUGAAAGAAAGGAAGCCUUUCACUGUGCUGUGGGUGUAACUUUCUUAAAAUAGUUCUUACAGUAUUUUAAGAGUGCUGUAUUAAUUAUUAUAAUGGGGAGCUUAGUAAAUCACUACUGUUGCAUACCCUAAAAUUAAAAUAGUUUGAAAAUAUUUUUACAUGUCUGAGAAUGCAGUAAAGUUGAAUUAUUUAUCACAAGUCAAAAUAUGUUAGCUGUAUUUUAUAAAGUUUCAUGAGCAUAAUUCUCAUUUAAAUAUUGUAUUUUUUAAUGAGUAUAUUUAUAUUAAUAAACAUAGUAGACUAAGGGCAAUAAAAAAGAUUGUAUGAAAGCUAGAUUUCUCCUGGAUGUAUGUAUAUGAAAUAUUUAGGAUGUUUGUGAACACAUAGACAUUUGUAAAUGGUGCCAGACCAUUCUUUUAUUACUUAGUAGUAUAGUGUGGUUCUUUAUAAUUCCAAGAGAAAACAUUGAAACUGGAACUUUUCUUAUCAAAACAUUUUGACUUUAUGUAAGUAUGUGCUGCCUUCUCCAAAAUUUAUUGGAAAUUGAAGAUUGUGGGUUUUUUGCAGACUUGAAAAUAAUUUAAUUCACAUAUAAAACAGACGAAAAAAACAUUUCAAUGUAAGGUUCUAUGCUGACAUUAAAACCUUACUCAAACUGCUGGU